AGUUGUUCAUCCAUAGAACUUGUCUUUAUCAUCACACCAACUUCUAAAUGCCACUGAAAGAAGUUACUGUUUUGUCUGGUCCAGACUCAAAUGUGUACAGUCCUCCAUAAUAAAGCUGAAAUGUUACUCACUGAGGCCUUAAAGGGCAUGAAAAUUAAUUCUGCAAUUAAGGGGUCCUUGUCAUGAUCAGGUUACCCGAGUGUUUAGACUUCUAGAGUUACACGAUCAGGGUUUUGUCUGGGAAUUUAAACUAAGUGGGCAGGCAAACUAAGGGGGAAAUUGUAACUUUGUUUUUUAAGUUUUAUUGAAUUAAGAGAUAUUUUAUUAUUAUAAUUUGUGAUUGCAUUCAAUGCAAUAUUAUAAAGCUAAACAAUAAAAUCUCUUACUAUUUAUUGUCCUGUUAUCAGUGAAAUAUAAGUUAGAAGUAUUAUGAAAAGGAUUUUUUUUUGGAUUUUUUUGGUUAUUCCAAUUUUGGAAUUCUUAAUGAUAUUUGCUGUAGUCUUAGGGCUGAAUAUCAGCCUCUUAGCCGGUCUAGAUAAAUCUUUGGAUGAUUAAGGGGAUCCCAGUUUCAAGCUCUGUUACUCCAGGACUAGGCUGACAUUUAGUCCCAGAAAUAAGUUACAUCUACAAAAUAUAUAUAUAUUCAAAAGAAUAAAUAAACUCUUAAUAGAGAGCAGAACAAUGCUUAAUUUAGAGCUGCUUCAAUCUAGACUUGCCAGAGCAUUCUAGACUUGAGUUUUCAUUUUUGCCAAAGCUUUCUAGACUUGAGUAUUUUAUUUGAAUUUAUUCUCUUGGGUCUGAGCGACAGACUAAACCGGGCCUCUAGGACCCAAUCGCAGGUUCUAUUAUAGUCUGUGCAAGUAUUCACAUCCGUGCAUGCAAAUAUGUUUGUGUGUGCAACUACCGAAUGUCCCUGACGUGGCAGAGUUGCUUUAACAUGUUUAAGGUGUGCAUCUUUUUAAGGAAAUGCUACUAUUGCCAGACAAUUGCAGAAUGCACAAGCUGACUAUCCACCGUUACAGAUAAGCAACAUUAAUAGUUCCUGGUGAUUAGUAUAUUUUACCUUGCAUGUCCUUCUUCCUUGACAUAAACGAUUAUGUAACCACCACCUCACAGGUCACGCAACAGUCAUGACCUUUCCUCACUAUAACACCAAGUAUGGGAGACACUCACAAAUACAUCAUAGAAAACAUAUUAUGAUUAUUAUCUCAGGAUGAUUGUUUGAAUUUGUUAAAGUGUAUCAUUAUAGUUGGCCUAGAUCGCUGGUCAGAUGAUAAACUCAAACAUGCCUUAUAAUGAGGUCUUUUCUUUAACUGAGCGAUGACAAGUGCUGCAUAAGUUUCAGUUUAAUGCUAUUAAGUUGGAUAACCGGUGAAAGUUAUAAAUCAUAUUGUGAUGUUUACAAUUGCAGUAUGGUCAUUGUUAUGACCUCAGUUUUGUAGAAAUGGUGUUGAGGUAGGCACACGAACAUAGAUAACAGCCACAUUUGGUUUAUUGUCUGUUGACGUGUUUUGGGGAUUAUUUGUUUUUUCUGAUUUGGAUAUAUGAGGUGAGAGCCGGUUCAUGAAAGUCAUUUGUUGACUUGACAGUGUGGGAGACAGGACAGUGUUAUAUUGGCAAGCAUUGCUACUGGACACACCUGCAUUGGUCAACAAGCUGCCCGAUGUCCACUUGAUUCCAGAGUAAGAGUACUAAGUACCAAUGUGGUAAGCUGGUUCCUCUUGUAGAGAAAAGCCUGAUUGUUGUCACACCAGCUGCACUGUUCCAUUCACAAAACAUGUUACAGUCUGCAGAUUAUUGUUGUUAGGUGACAGUGAUUAAGGUAGACUUGACUUCAGCAUCAGCACUUCCAUCACAGCAGUGUAGAGUGUGGUGGCCAUCCUUGAUAGCAAGUCCAGCAGUGCAGUUACUGCAGUACCAUACUCCAUGUGUCCAGUGUGAAUCCAGAGUGAUGAGUGCAUACAAAGUCAGUCAUAUUGGUCCUGAUUUGUCCGAAGUUGAGGUCGUAAUAAGUGAAAUUGAUGGAGAGAGUGUAGAAGAUGAAGCGGGCACCUCUUCAGGAAACUGUAUGACUGGAUUAUUUGGAAAUAAUUCCUGUGAAAACCUUUCCAGUUUUGGUGACCACAUUUGUAGUGAUUGUGGUGAAGGUGGUAGUGAUAUUGAACACUUCUCCAUGCCCAGUGAAAACAUGGCAAAAGAUGAUGAAAACCUUCAUGAGGAUGGUGAAAACAUUCUGAAGACUGAUGAAAACUUGCCAGAGGAUGAGGAAGAUAACUACAAGGAUGGUGAAGACUUUCAAAAUGAUGGUGAAAAUGUGCCAAUAGAUAGUGAAAAUGUACUAUUAGAUGGUGCAAUCGCUCCAAUGGAUUGUGAAAAUGUACUAAAUGAUUGUAAAAUUGAUCCAGUAGAUGGUGAAAUGUGUCCAAUGGGUGGUGAAAAUGUACCUACGGAUAGUGAAAUUUGUCCAGUAGAUGGUGAAAUGUGUCCCAUAGAUGAUGAAAUCUGUCCAGUAGAUGGUGAAAUCUGUCCAGUUGAUGGUGAAAUCUGUCCAAAAGAUGGUGAAGACUCUCCAAUAGAUGGUGAAAUUUGUCCAAUACAUGGUGAAAAUGUGCCAACAGAUGGUGAAAACAUUUCCAGUGAAGUUGAACAUGUUUCCACAGAUGUUGUGAACAAUGAGUGUGAGGCAGACGAUGAGUGUGAGGCAGACGAUGAGUGUGAGACACAUAAAGUUGGUGAUGCCAGGCAUGAAGAUGAGCAGACACACCACUGUCAUGACAACUGUACUUCAACAUCAGCUGACAAGCAAGAACCUUCUUUGAAAAACUUCACAAAUGAAAGCACUUCAGCCAAUACAUAUUGUGAAAAUAUGACUAAGAAAUCCACAGACAUGGACGUAGAGAGUGCAAGCAUCAAAAUGAAAAGGAAAUUUAAGGCCUGUGUCGACGACAGGCCUAAUUCUGUCCAAUGUGACGUUAGUAAGAAGAGGCGAAUGGAGAAUGUGGAAACUCCAGGAACUUGCACUCGCACCGGGAAGGAAAGUGGCAAAGAUGUUAAAAGUUCUGAGAGAAAAACUAAAAAGAUGAAAGUUCUGUUUGCAUCUUUCAGGGGGAAGAACAAGAUGUCCGAUAACGCAAUGGACUUUGAACAGAUUCCUGUCUGUGAAAGAAUUGACCUUGGGUGGCAGUCUGAAAGUGACGAUGAAGAUGACCCAAACUUUGACCCUGAUGACUGGCACAGGAUCGCGCCAGUCAAGUUUUUUACCCACGAGUUGUCUAUCAGAGGGAGGCUGCGGAGACUCCUGAUACGGAACUCUUCAUCACGUCUAGCCAGUACAUUCUUUGAUCUGAUCAUCCGCUGUGUGAUAUGUCUGAUCUACAUAGCACGUGUUCACCUUGAUGACACGUCGCUGUACGCAUGCAACGGCCGAGCAGCACCAUGUAGCCGGAACAACACCACCAACGAGGAGCAGGGUGAAAUGCUGUUCUCUUCCACAGACAUCAACUGGUACGUGUUGUUGUGGGUGCGUCGGCCGCUGUGGCUGUGGAUCAUGCAAGUCUCCCUCUCAGCAGUCACCAUCUUCAAGGCCUUAAUUCUAGUCUACGUCACAACCAAGGGUCACAGGAUGGAGCAGAUCCUCACGUCCAACUUCUUCCUGGAGGUGAUCUGCAGCACGCCCUAUCUCCUCACAUUAGCCUACCCUCCUCUGAUGCAGCAUCUGUUUGUGCCGGGAUUCCUCAACUGCUGGUUGGCAAAACUAGCACUGGAAAGAAUAUUUAAUGACCUUCACUUGACCCGGACACGCUUCCAAACCAUCUCAGUGACCUUGUCCCAGCAGAUCCUGCUUCUGGUGGCCAGUCUCAUCUGUAUGGUGUUCACCACAAUCUGCGGAAUACAACAUAUCCAGAGAGGCAGCUCGGAGACACCGCUGACAAUGUUCGAGUCAUUAUACUUUGUCAUCGUGACAUUCUCAACAGUCGGCUAUGGGGACAUUUCGCCGGACAUCUGGCUGGGACAACUCUUCAUGAUCCUCAUGAUAUGCAUUGCUCUGGCCUUCAUACCCAGACAGAUUGAAGUGAUUGCCUCAACGUGGAUCGAGCGGCAGAAGGCUGGGGGAGAGUACAGUCAGCGAGCAGCGUCCCGAAACAAACACGUGGUGGUCUGCUCCAGCGUCCUCAACGUCGAGGCCAUCAUGGAUUUCCUCAACGAGUUCUAUGCCCACCCAAAACUAGAGAGGAUGCCUGGACACAAGCACCGCCAGGAACAUAUGGUGAUACUGCUGAGCCCUAGGGAGCUGGACAACAGCAUGCAGGUUAUACUGAAGGACCCCAAGUGGACCCACAGGGUCAUCUACAUGAGGGGCAGUCCACUCAAAGACUUGGAUCUCAAGCGAUGCCGGAUCCAUCAAGCUGAUGCCUGUUUUUUCCUGGCCCCAAGAUCUGCCGUCAACAAAGCCAAAGCGGAUCAACACACAAUUCUCCGGUCGUGGGCAGUUAAAGACUUUGCACCCAACUGUAAGCAGUACAUCCAGCUCUUCAAAGCCAAGAACAAGAUGCAUGUCAAGUUUGCUGAGCACUUAGUGUGUGAGGAUGAGUUCAAGUACGCCCUCCUAGCCAACAACUGUCUGUACCCCGGCCUGUCCACCCUGGUCUCACUCCUGGUGCAUACCUCCAGUGGCAUCGAGGGGGACAUCGCCUCGGAGACGUGGCAGCAGGUGUACGGGCGUCAUGCAGGUAACGAGAUCUACCACAUCCAGGUGCAGAAGAGCAUCUUCUUCAGUCAGUACAGCGGGACGAAGUUCACUGAGGCCUCCGCUGAUGCACACCAGAGGUUCGGUGUGGCUCUGCUGGCCGUCCUGGACCCGACAGAGAAGGAGCCCAAGCUGUUGCUGAACCCCGGCCCCAAGCACAUCCUGAAGAAGACGGACUACUGCUUCUACAUGAGCGUCACCAAGGAGGAGUACUCCCGUAUCAAUCCGGAGGCCGUGGAACAAGAGGUGCCCAAGUCAGAGAGAGUUGCCAAGAACCUGGAACAAAUAGCACUGGCCCUACAGAAGUACCAGAAGGAGGAGGAGGAGGAUGACGAUGGCGAGAGUGUGUUCGACACCAUCACCAGCCUAAUGGGCCAGGAGAUAACAAAACUCAUUCAUAACAAGAAAGAGAACAAAAACAACAAUGAAAGCAGUGAUGACUUUAUACAUGUGGAGAAGACUCCUGAUGUUAUUAACAUCAAUGCAACACCACAGGAUACACUGGAUGGUGUGUCCCACCGGACAGGCUCCGGCAAGGUACUGCAGUUCUACAGUGACAUGGGACAGGAGAGGUUUACAAUAGGUGUUCCUCCUAUUACGAUGUACGUUGGGUCUCGGCGAACACUGUGUCAUAUUGUCGAGGGGUCAAGGCCAUUCUGCUGCCUUAAGUGGGGAACUUCGUGUGAGCACUGUAGCUACAAGACGGCCAAUGACGAUCGCUGGCACAAUCAACUGAUCAUCCUGGCUGCAGAGCAGGCCAGUAGCGGCAUCUACCACUUCAUCGUCCCGCUGCGGUCCAACUUCAUCAGCAUGAAUGGCCUUAGCCCGAUCAUCCUCCUUGUUGAAGAAGAACCCAGCAAAAUAUUUCUUGAGACAAUAUCAAAAUUUCCGUUAGUGUACUGGAUGAAGGGACGGAUUACAAGUGUUGAUGACUUGCUGCAAGCUGGUAUCAACAAAGCCAGCCACCUGGUGGUGGUGAACAGAACUCCCAACCAGAAGGAAGGGGAGGAAACUCUGUGUGACGCUCAGACCAUUGUGGCUGUGCAGACCAUAUUCAGGCUAUUUCCAAAUGCCAACAUUAUUACUGAGCUGAAUCAAGCCAAUAAUAUGAGGUUCAUGCAGUUCCGUGCCCAUGAUAUAUACUCCCAGAGAGUCUCACGUCUUGAACAGAAGCUGAAGCAGACGAUGGGGUCGAACAUGAGCCACAUCUUCCGACUUCCGUUUGCUGCUGGGCAGGUGUUCAGUGCCAGUAUGUUGGACACAUUGCUAUACCAGACCUUCGUGAAAGGGUACCUGAUCACAUUUGUGAGAUUGUUGCUGGGCAUCGAUGCAGAGGAGAACUCCGGACAUCUCUCUAGCAUUCGAGUUCGGCACACCACGGUGACACGGUUCCCAACAUAUGGAGAAUUAUACCAAGGCUUGUGUACAGCCACAGGGGAAAUCCCCAUUGCUAUUUAUAGAACAGAGAGACAGAAGACAAGGGAUGACAUUUCGGACACUAGCUCAAACAGUUGCACAAGAAAGUUGAGUCAUUCCAGCCACAAGAAUCCCUUUGUUGGAUUCCAACACUCAGACCACUUGAACCUUGCUGAUGUCAUCAGGAAUCGGCUGAAGAGUCUUGACCUCAGUCAAGAUGAUUACUGUGAGAAAAGCAUCAGAUCCACCUCCAUGAUCUCCUACACCAUCGCUAACCCCUCUCCUAAACGCCGACUCAAAGUAGGGGAUAUAGUGUAUGUGAUACAGCCCAGUUCUAUGGUAGCUAUUCCCAACAUUCAAAAGUGGCGACCGCGUGCUCACAGCUACAGUGGGCCCAUGAGGCCUGCAGACAAGAUGGCUGAUGGGAGACGAGGCUCCUUCGGUACUCCGGCAGCCGAACCCCACUCUGCCAGCAUCGUCCUAGACAAGCCAGUCAUUACACCAAUACUCAAGUCCUCUCUAGUCACACCAGUAACCGACCCCACCAAGCUGUACAGACCUACAUGUAAGCCCUCAUCACCACGGUUACCAACACGAUUUGAACCUCUGAAUCGAGGCGAUGACACCCCUUCACCCAAACCAAAGAACCAAAAUACAAAUCCCAUCAUAACUGUAACAACGACUGGAAAUCGGAAAUAUGAAGUGCAGAAAGUGUCAGAUGAAGAUGUGUAAGAGGACGAAGCAAGGGGAGAUGACUCAUGUUCUAGGAUGCGCAGUGCGGUUUAUUAAGAAGACGAAUCUGAUGUUUAUGUGACCUUUUGAAACAGAAGUUUGGAGUCGCAAAUAAAUAUCAGAUCAUGACAUCGCCCUUAAAGACAAUAAAAUUGGCUUUUGACUGUUUAUGUGCAGAAUCAAUACGUACAAGGAUCAAAGGAUCUCUGGAUGAAGACUGAAACCACAAAUAAUACUCAACAUGCGAUUUAAGUCAUGUCGGCCACACAUACUGGUGUGAACUAUCCCUUUUGGAGCUGGCCAUUUUUGGCCAUUCCAAGGACUUGGAUAUCAUGUUGUUUGUAUGCUGCUGAAGAUUACGACCCUCUAAAUUUAUAUUUUAUACCAUUCCAUGAACAUUCAGAUGACAUAUGCAUGCCAGUAUUUGCUGUUACUUUCUGUUGUGUUUGUGUUUUUGUUCAUUUGGAAAAUGGUAAAUGUUCCUAGUUUAGCUCUUGCUCAGAGAAGAGCCUGGAAAGUGACCGACAGUUGCCUAUCUUGUCAUGACUUGUGAAGCGUUGGUACUGGUGAAUUCCAUCGAAGAGUCAGCAUGGUCAGGUUCAAUCUCAGAUCAGAUCUUAGUUCUCAGUGCUGCUUAACAAAGAUCUCAGGACAUCCCAGUAUGGGUCACCUCAGAACGACCUUUCAUCCGGCCAAGCAGAGCUUGAGAUCAGGAAAGUGACAGACGAAAUGUGUUUUCUAAUCAUGUACCCUUGAAAAGUUUAGCACAGGGUACUCCUAACGACAGUUUUGGGCUUUAUGACUCAAUCUUUCAAAAUCAUUGUUGACCUCGCUUUAAUGGUAUAAACACUUGAAUGGAAGAGACUUUGCAUUGCCCGUGGGAAGUACUGCCUUACAAUCUCGGACAUUUAUUAGACAAACCAGAAUGUUCUUUUGUUCAUUUUUCAAAUUUUGCAUAGAGAACUUCGUCAAAAUAUUUUCCAUGCACACUUGCAAGUUUGAAACGAGUGCCAUAGAGCUCGAAAAACUGCUUUCUGAUUGGCUAAUGGCGACUUCUUGUUGGUCAUUUAUGGGUUGGAUCGAAGUUCUAAAGGUCGUUCUGACAUGACCUAUAAUGUAAUGUCCUUAGAUCUUUGUUUAGUGGUAGCAAGAACUAAUAUAUAUCUGAUUUUAAUGAGAUUAUGUACAUUUCACCUUCUAUGAGGAAGCAGUCAACAGAAACCUAAACUACAUUUUGUUGCUUUAAGAUAUGUUGUUGGAGUGUUGUCCUGUUCAUGUUUCAGUGUAAAGAACGCCAAUGUACUUACUUUUAGAGCCUUUUCUUGCAUACAAACAUUGUGAUAUUGCUCUAUGUACGAAUCCUAGAACAAGUACAACGAAUGUUACUGGUGCGAUAUAUGUUAACUCAUGGUUGUAUAUCAUUAUUUGACAACCACAUCUUCCUUAUCAGGCUAUAUCUGUAAUAACAUUAGUCUGUUUGAUGUUCUGUUUGAAUCUCAGAUAUUAACUUAAUAAGCUCCCAAUCAUUCCUAAUUGUGUGAGUUGCAGGUGCUCUUCGUCAACACCAGUAGUCAUCACUGAUUUUCAGUGAUCCAUUUUGUCAUCACUGAUUUUCAGUGAUCCAUUUUGUCAACAUUGAUUUUCAGUGAUCCAUUUUGUCAUCUUCAGUGAUCCAUUUUGUCAUCACUGAUUUUCAGUGAUCCAUUUUGUCAACAUUGAUUUUCAGUGAUCCAUUUUGUCAUCUUCAGUGAUCCAUUUUGUCAUCACUGAUUUUCAGUGAUCCAUUUUGUCAUCACUAAUUUUAAAUGAUCCAUUCAUCUAAUUUUCACCUGUAUUUUACCUUAUAAGUCCAAUGGAAUCGUUUUUCGAGGGAUAAUCAAGACUGUACAUGUUAUAUAUUUCUGCAUUAAAACACAGGUACAUGUUUCUGGUCAAUGAGGGAUCACCUUUCAGAGCACAUUGGAUGUAUAUCCUGGAUAUGCCUGUCGCGGCUGCUCAUGCUACUGUUGACUAUACACCUGUGUGUACUGCACACGCAUUUCAUGAACAAGAUGGUGCUUGGUUCUGCUUUAAGGAAACACUUGGGGAAAGUACCUAUUUUCUUGAGUUUAGUACACACUUUUUUUCCAAAAUAAACAGCUUUAUAGAGGGAUGUGCAUGCCAUAGUGAGUCUCGAUGGGUUUUUUACCCAAAGGCAAAGUGAGCAUGUGACAAUGGAAAUACCAUAUCAACAAAGUGUUCAUUGUAUAUCUGGACUUAUGUAUGUAAUCUAUUUUACUGAUUUUAUUCAAAUUUUCCUGAACAUUGUUUACAAUAGUUUCAGUGAAAUUGUGUGUGAACUGAUUGAUAGAUUGCAGCAACUCACUGUUAUUUACAGCAACCACAUUCAGAUUUCUGCUGUCAUCAGAAUGUAAAGUACUGAUGCAUGAAUAUAUAUCCUCAGCUUCAGGCUUUAUGUGAAGGUAAUGUCCUGCCCAUUGCUCUGUGUAAUUGCUAACAAUUUCAUUGUCGGAAUGCCCUCCUCUGUUAUGCAGUAUCUUGUGUCUCAAGUUUCCCAUGAAAAUACCCUGGAACCAUUUGUUGCCAUGGAAAGCUUUGGUUUGUACAAGAGAUAAGAUCACUGGAGGCGGUGAUGUCACUUCUGUCAUGAGGCUAUUGUGGUAAAUGGACCCAGGUUGUUUAUGAAGAUAAAAUAGAGAUAUGAUGCACUGGAUUAUGCAGGAUGAGGGAAUGCUUUGGUGAACAUACUUAGCUGCAAUAAUGGCAGGAAGAGCUCUGGUUCUUGUGUUAUUAGUAUUGGGAUACAUUCAGAGCAAUCUAUUUAUUUCAUUCAUAUAUGGACUGCCUCUAUGGUCUGGUGGUAGAGGGGCGGUUGGGUAGCCUAGUGGUUAAAGCGUUCGCUCAUCAUGCCGAAGACCCGGGUUCGAUUCCCGACAUGGGUACA